AUGAAAACAGGCGGUUUCACAGCGCUCGGGCUGACACCGAGUCGCGAGGACCCUAAGAUAUCGAUUUGGGAGACCCGAGCCUCUGAGGGCAAAGAUGGCAAGCACGUCCAACAAUCGGGUGGAGUGUUGGCUGCGGCUGCGGCCGCUCUACCGAUCGAUAGGAAAGUUGAAGGCAAGUGCGAGUCCAGCGCUUCAGGAAGGCGGGUCUUGUCACGGACAUCGGAGAAUGCUAAGGCACUUCUUGCGUCAGACCUUGCGACGGAUACUGAAAAGAAUGGGCUCAACGACAAGGAGGUUAAUGCUGGCUUGUAUAUUGCGUGCUAUCUCCAGGACGAUGAGGGACUGGUCGUCUCAUUCAGCGGAUCACAUCAUAAGCCGCGUAUGUUCCAGAGAUUCCGCAGCAAGGUGGGUUUUAUCCAGCGGUUGAGCUAUGCCAUUGUGUUACUUCCAGUUCACCAACCGGGUUGGCCUCUGAAACAAUCCACUGCCAACAAUUCCUUGCAUGGAGGUGAUGAGCUCAUCGAUGAGUUAUAUUUCGAAGUUGAGAGGAUUGUUGUGAGCAAUGGUGAUAUCGAGCAAGGAGAGAAGACUGAGAAGAAGGAAGAGAAGGUAUGGGUGGAAUUAGAGGCGAAAAAGAUCGAGAUCAUGAGGAAUACUAUGACCCGUGAACUUGUGCCACAUUUAUUGAGUUAG